GCUACUUUUGACUUCAUUUGGUUAAAAAGGAAUCGAUUUCUCUCUCUUUAAUUCCUUCUCUGUAUACAAGGCUAUAUAUAGAAGCCAAGAGGGGACAGAUGCCUUCAAGCGCACAAGGCGAAGAAGCAGCCGGUGUCUACGACGGGAGCUCCGGACGGCGUUUCCUGGCGGGUGGUGGCCGUUGUCUGCUAUCUUUUGCAUGCAUGCGAGAGCCGAGGUGAUUAGACAGUAUGGCGAUGUUUCUAUCUGCAAUUUGGAGUGACCUCACCAGCAGGUCCAUAUCUUUCCUGAUGCAAAGAUACCAGGAAAGAUUCUCGAGGCUGACGGUGGAGGAGAGGCUAAACCGGCUGCAGAGGCUGCUGCUCCGGGUUCGCGUCGUCGUCGAGGAGGCAGAGGAGCGGCGCAUCACGAACCAGGCGAUGCUGCAUCAACUGAGCAUGAUGAGGAAGGAGAUGUACAGAGGCUACUACACCCUGUACACCCUCAGAUGCCGCACCCAUGAAGAAGCGGCUGAUGCCGAACACAUGCACCAAGUGAGCCGAUUUUUCACACCAUCCCAGCUCAAUUCUGCCAAGCGCGUCCGUCUGUUCGGUGGCGGCAGUAGUUCCGGUGAACAAGAACAGCUCCAGCAAGUUCUUGGCCGCCUCGAGACCGCCAUUGAGGAUGCGAGCGAGCUCGUCGUGUUCCUCAGCGGAUGCCCUCGUCUGUACCGCCAGCCGUACAGCAUGUACCUGGUCUUGGACAAGUGCAUGUUCGGUCGCCAAACGGAGAUGGAGCGCGUCGUCGGCUUCCUGCUGCAACCAGAUGCUCCCGGCGAUGAGAAUCCCGGUGUCCUGCCGAUCAUUGGCCCCAGAAAAGUCGGCAAGAGCACGCUCCUCGAGCAAGCCUGCAACGACGAGAGGGUGCGCGACCACUUCUCUGAAAUUCUGUUCUUGAACGGAAUCAAUCUUAGAAGUGAAAACAUGGUGACCAUUGGAGAUGCCGUGAUCAAGUACCAGAACCCUGCCUCGCAUGGAGAAAGGGUACUGGUCAUUGUUGAACUGGAUGGGGAUAGGUUCUCAAAAAGAUUGGAUGACGAGAAUAUCGACGAGGGAUUGUGGCGAAGAUUGUAUUCGCCUUACAUACACCAUAUUCCGCGUGGAAGUAAGAUCAUAGUCACGAGCCGGUCGGACAAGAUCGUGAGCUUUGGAACCACGCCGCCGCUCAGAUUACAGUUUCUCGACCGGGACGCGUUCUGGUACUUCUUCAAGGUGCGGUUGUUCGGGAGCACGGACGCGACCGAGCACCCCAAGCUGGCGUCGAUCGCCAUGGACAUGGCGAUGGAGCUCAACGGGUGUUUCCUGAACGCAAACAUGUUCAGCGAACUACUGAGAUCAAACGUCGAUGCGCGGUUCUGGAGCGUGGCGCUUACGAUCUUGAGAGAGCUGAAGCAGAAGAACCUGUUUGGUGGCGCGCACCAGGUUGAUAUCUGGGAGGUGGCUGAGCCGGUGUAUGUGCCCAGAGUGAACAAAUCAUCUGAAGAUUUUGUAAUCCUUGAUGACUAUGAAACAAGCUCUGCUGAUCAUGGCGGCGGAGUUGCGACCACGACGAUGACGGUGCAAGAGGUGUUGCUUGGAACCGCUAGGCCUCGAGGGAAAUUCGAUGUUCUAGCGUGGAGAUCUCCCAUACCACCUCACUUCAGCUACUUUUUUGGCUGCGAGAUACGGAGGCGGCCUCGGCAUGUGGUCGCCGGGAAGAAGAGGAUUCAGAAGAUUGGCAGUUGAUCAUCUUGUUUACUGUCACCUCAUGUGUAUACUGAAAGCAAUGUAUAUUGUCACCUAUAAAUAAAAGCUAGAACCUAAUAUUUGUGUGAUGUUGUGCAGCUAAUGCUGGAAUCUGUACAUGAUCCGCAGCUCAUGUGUGGACCAUUUUAUGGUUCCAACCAAGCAGUGAAAUGCUGUAUUGAAUUAUUUCCA